AGUUGCGAUAAGCCAACUAGUUAGCUAGCUAUCUUACUAUAAUGCUAGUUGGCUAGCUACCUACCUAGCAGCGCCUCUCUAGCAUGUUGAAUGGAUGGAUGAAUGAAUGAAUUAGCGACCCCUUGCAUUUAACUAACAACCGCUUGUUCAAAUUACAAGAACACGUCGAACAUCACAUGCGACAACACCUUUUCUACAACAGGGUGAGCAUGUGUGGCUAGCUCCUCUUUGACUACAUACGUUGCCCUCAAAUGGACAGGAAUGCGCUAAGUUCCAGGGAGUUGGUGGACAGCGGCGAUUUAGCACGCAAAGGUAGUGUGCUAAUACUUACAAAAACCUGGUAAUGUUAAUGAAGUUGGUGGAAGCUUGUUUUAGCUAGUUUAAAUAUUUGCACUACUUGGACUUGGCUGCAAUAGUCUGAAGCUAACGCCCGGUUCGGGAUGGGGAACACGGUGUCAUGCUGCGUCUCUCCCGAGUCGAGCCCCAAGCUGCCCUCGAGACAACCGGCGGAGCGGCUGGAGGAGUUACAGACCAGCACCGAAGUGAGUGAUGACAACACCGUGCCCUACCUGCAGCAUAUAAGCGACAGAGAAGUCCCUGACGAGCUUGCAUUAGAGUCUAACCCGUCUGACCACGCCCGCGCAAGCACCAUCUUCCUUAGCAAGUCCCAGACAGACGUACGAGACAAGAGGAAAAGCAACCACAUAAAUCAUAUCAGUCAUGUAUCGCCUGGUCCAUUGUCAAAGAAAUAUAGCUCCUGUUCCACGAUCUUCAUAGACGACAACACCGUCAGCCAGCCAAACCUCAAAAGCACAAUCAAAUGUGUCACGUUAGCAAUAUACUACCACAUCAAAAACAGGGACUCAGGAAGGUCACUGGACAUCUUUGAUGAGAAGUUGCACCCCUUAUCAAGAGAGCCAGUGUCAGAUGACUACUCCCGUGUAGAUCCAGAACACAAACUGAUCUACCGCUUCGUCAGAACGCUCUUCAGCGCCGCACAGCUCACUGCAGAAUGUGCCAUUGUUACUCUAGUGUACUUGGAGCGCCUGCUGACCUACGCUGAGCUGGAUAUCUGCCCCGCCAACUGGAAGCGCAUCGUCCUGGGAGCCAUCUUGUUGGCUUCUAAAGUCUGGGACGACCAGGCGGUGUGGAACGUCGACUACUGCCAGAUCCUUAAAGACAUCACUGUGGAGGACAUGAAUGAGAUGGAGCGCCACUUCCUGGAACUUCUCCAGUUUAACAUCAACGUGCCAGCCAGUGUCUAUGCCAAGUACUAUUUUGAUCUGCGGCAGCUGGCUGAUGACAACAACCUCAGCUUCCCCCUGGAGCCUCUCAACAACCAACGCGCCCAGAAACUAGAGGCCAUUUCGAGACUAUGUGAAGACAAGUAUAAGGACCUGAGUCGUUCAGCGGUGAGACGAUCCUGCAGCGCAGACAACCUGAUAGGUAUACGACACUCCAACGCUGUGCUGUCCUAGGCCAGACUGCUUCCCUCUGUUUUCUAAAAGCCCAGCUUACCCACAGCCAAACCCCGAACAGAUGUCAACCUCACUGCCAACGCAUCCUCAUCAGGCAGGAUUCAGGCAUGAAAUGUUGACGGUAAUUUGCAUUACAGCUGUGGAGCUGACUGGGAAAUUACACAUGGAAAUAAGGUGUUAACCUAAAAAGUUUACCACACAACCAUUGGUUUUACAAAUCCCUUAUUUAUUUCUUACUUGUCCCUUAUGUCCCGGAGAAAGCGUUAACUAGGAAUUGGUCCACUGCAGUUAUAUCAAAGGGGUAUUCUUUGUAUUGUCAUGAAAAUGUAGUUUUUCCAAAAUGUAUUUGAAUUAUUCCAGGCAGCCUGGUCUUAUUCUAUAUGAAAGUUGUCACCAAAUUCCAUGAGAAAACCCAAACUAACAAUGUGUUAGUCUCUCUGUGUACUUUCUGAGUUGCCUACCCCGUCAGUGGUCUUCAGUCCCAAGGCCGUUGGUUUGUACUGAACACAUAAACACAACAUACAGUACAUAUUUAACAACAUCAAAUUCAUACAAAGGCUCAGUAAAUUCCUCAAACAGCAUGCACUGUAGUUUUUUAAUCUAACGUUACCUCAAACGGGAGGAAAAAGUGUAUUUGUUUGAUUUUUAGCCGUGGAUUAAUACACGUUUGGUGCUCUUGGUGAGACUUUACAGGAACAGGCCGGUGUAUGUGGGAUUGACUUGAAAUAAACAGUGUACAGUACAUUACUACUGGUUGUGUGUUGAUAGUAAUGAAGGAGCAUGCCAGCCAGUGCAACAUUGUGGCUCCUUGAUGUCUUUUAAUAGUUUUUGGACAACAAUGGAGCGCUGUCUCGCUCCAGUCGAGGCAGAUGGCCGCCCAGGUGAAGCCAGGUUCUGUUGGUUCUGCUUGUUAAACGGUAGUUUUAAAGUGCAAUUGCUCUUGGGUGAAUUGUUGUGGAUCUGUAAAUUAGAGCGCGCUCUAGACCUACUCUGUAAAGUGUCCUGGGAAAACUUCUGUUAAGAUUUGACACUAAAUUGAAUUGUCUCUGUCACAGAGGAAUGAGAUGUAUUGGCCAAUAUAUUAACAAUGCUUGUUAAUAGGAUCAAUUCAUUGGUAGUUUUGUUUUUUUUCAUGGAAUUUGUUUACAAUAACUAAUAAUGUAUCACCAGACUUCUCAUUUAAUAGGCCCAUCGGAUCGAAUGCAAAAGCUGUUGCUUGCAAAUCAUAGUUAAUACCAAAAGUAACUUUUGAAAGUGUAAAAAAAA